AAUUCUACCAAACAAUACAGUGCCCAAGGAAAUAUUUUUAAAAACCAGAAUCACAAAUACUUAUUUAAUAGUUUCUCUAAGACAAAAUGGCCAGAAACAGCAGUUUAUACGAUUCGUGCAAAAACAUAAAAAGGGAACCCAUGUCACAUGUUGCUGAUGAGAACAUAGCCCGCGAGAUCGGCAACAACUACCGCACCAUUCCCACGUUCGAAAAGGGCCUGUUUGAGCACCAGUUCAUCCGCCACUACUCGCUGCAGAGGAACCAGCAGCUCAAGUGUCGCUGGUCGGUGUACAAGCAGAAUAUUGAGGGGAGGGUCUUCGCGCCUUUUCAGUUUCCUAACCACAGGGAUUUGCACUUCUACCAGAGCGCUAUUCGAUUCGCACCGUCCGAGUCGAUAUAUCGAUACCCCGAGCAUCGAAUGAAGUUGAAGCCCGGCCCCGGAGUCGAUUUCCGGGGACAGAUGCCCAUCCCUCAGGAAAUGCACAUGAAGCGCGGGAAAAUCGAAAAAAGUGACAGCCACAGACAAAAAAUUAAAUCUGCGAAGAAAAAAGUUACCGGUGCAAAGACAUAAGUCCUAUACUGUUUGCUAAUAGAUUUAUUUAGGAUAUUUUGUAUGUUAAUGUACUUAUUUACUUUGUAUGCAAUGUUAAUUUUGUAAUAGUUUAAUUUUUUAUGUUCAACUCAUUUUGUAAGUUUGUUUUGUUAAGA